AUGUUUAGUAAAUUUGUUACAAAAUUAAUACAAGUGAGUGUUAAAAAUAUAUUACAAAUGUAUAUUUAUAAUUAAACAAUGUUGUUUGCAUUUAUUAAUAUUAUAGUCAUUACCAACAUGGGAAGUAACUAAAUAUUAUGGAAGAGUGUGUAUAUAUCAAUUAAAAUGUUUAAAAUAUAGAGUUCAAACAAGUGAAGCAUGGUUUAAUUUCAAGUGCAAGUUUAUGCCUGGUACUUUGCGCAAAGAAUUAGAAUGUGAAGAUUAUAUUGAACCUAAAGUAAUAAAUGCAAUUUCAGUUAACAAUGAAUCCAAACAACAAAAAGAACAAUCAAAAGUGUCAUUCGAGACAAAAUUCCAAAAUAAAGAUCAAUGCAAUUCAGAGGAUUAUAAACGUACACCAACUUCAUUUAAUGACUUAAAAGAUAAUUACAUUAUUAAUGAAUUUGUAGCUAGUUCAAAGAAGCAAGAAAAACAAGAAAAUAAGAAACAUCAAGAAAAUAGCAAAUAUUCUAUACACAAGGAUGUGAUAAAGAAAAAAAAAAAAAUCUUUAUCACUGACAUCAACUGUUUGUAUCCAGUACUAUGUUGAACCAUUUAGGCAGUAUUCUUUUUAUAAAGAACAGUAUGUUAAACGAAACAGCAAUUCUUAUGCAAAAUAUACGGCAUACAUUGCAAUUACCACAUCCAUAUUAGGCUUAUGUUAUUACACAUUUUAUAAACAAGUCCAUGCUUUGAAUAAGAAACCUAUUUCAUGCGGAGAGUUCAGAGUAGACUUAAAAACAUACAACUUGGAAGAAAUAGGCAAACAUGAUAAUAAAGAGAAUGGUAUUUGGGUAAUGUUUAAACAAGGUGUAUAUGACAUAACAGAUUUUGUUGAAAAACAUCCAGGUGGUUCUUCUAAAAUAUUGAUGGCAGCUGGCAGUUCAAUUGAACCCUUUUGGUCAAUUUUUGCUAAUCAUAACACAAAAGAAAUAUAUGAACUCCUUGAAUCAAUGAGAAUUGGAAACAUAUCAAAAGAUGAUGUAAUUUCUAAUGUAAUUAAUGAGGAUCCAUACUUGAAAGAACCAAAAAGACAUAAAAUUCUAAAGAUAAAUGGGCAGAAACCUUUUUGCGCUGAACCACCAUCUUCGUUAUUGAUUGAAAGUUUCAUUACACCAACAGAAUUAUUUUAUGUAAGAAAUCAUCUUCCUGUUCCUGAGAUAGACUUAAAGAGUUACAAUUUAGAAUUAGCUGUAGAAGAAGUGACAAAGAAAAGUUUCAAAUUUGAAGACAUAAAGAAAUAUCCUAAGUACACGAUAACAAGUACUGUAAUGUGUGCAGGAAAUAGAAGAUCAGAAAUGACACAAGUAAAACACUUGAAAGGACUUAGUUGGAGUGUAGGUGCUGUUGGUAAUGCUACAUGGACUGGUGCAAGGUUGUAUGAUAUAUUGAAAGAUUUAGGAAUUAAUGAGGAUAAUUACAAUCAUGUACAGUUUGAAGGAUAUGAUUUAGAUCCUUCUGGUACUCCAUAUGGGGCAAGUGUACCCAUUAGUAAAGCUAUGGACCCUAGAGCAGAUAUCAUUUUAGCUUAUGAAAUGAAUGGGCAACCGAUACCAAGAGAUCAUGGUUUUCCAAUUAGAGUAAUCGUACCAGGUGUUGCAGGCGCUAGGAAUGUGAAAUGGCUUGGUAGUGAAAAAAUAUGUAUUAUAAGCACACAAUGGCAUAACUUUGUAAAUUUUGCUGUAAUUUUUAUAGCCAAAAUAAUUGUUUCCAAAGAAGAAAGCCCGUCGCAAUGGCAACAAGGUGAUUACAAGGGUUUCUCUCCUAAUACUGAUUGGGAUAAUGUAGAUUUUUCUAAGGCACCUGCCAUACAGGAAAUGCCUGUGGUUUCUGCAAUUUGCAAACCAGAACAAUCUGAAAUAAUCAAAGUAAUAGAUGGAAAAAUAAAUGUGAAAGGGUAUGCUUGGUCGGGAGGAGGUCGAAAAAUCAUUCGAGUUGACAUAACAAAUGAUCGAGGUAAAACUUGGUACGUAGCUGAUUUAAUUGCUGAAGACAAUAAUGCUAAAGAGGGUCGAUACUGGAGUUGGACAUUGUGGAGUAUAAAUCUUCCAGUUAAGAAAGGAAGUAAAGAAAUAGAAAUUUGGGCAAAAGCUGUAGACGCAUCAUAUAAUGUCCAACCAGAAAGUUUUGAAAACAUAUGGAAUUUACGAGGUUUUCUUUGUAACGCAUAUCAUCGAGUUAAAGUUAAAUUGGAACAUUAA